AUGGCAACGGCACAGGUGUCAGACAGUAGCAUUUGUCCACUUUGUUCUGUCUCUGUGGAUUUCCAUUGUGUUCUCUGUUGCACUGAUUUAUGCGAGAACUGUGUCCUUAGUCAUCUAAAAGACAAAACAAAUAAACACCAAGUUGUUGAUAUACGGAGCAAACACGAGUCAAUUGUAUUACCCAUUUGCAUUUCACAUGGAAAAACUUGCGAGAUUUUCUGUUAUGAUUGUGAGGAGCAUGUAUGUACCAAAUGCUUAACAAAAUCACACAGGGAACAUCACUUGAAAGACUUAGAAACUUUCGUUGAGUUUAUUAGAAAAAAGAUAGCUUCUAACAUAGAAUGGAAGAAGAUCACCUUAAAGAAAUGUCAAACAUUCAAAGAUACCCUUAUCUCUGGAGAGAAAGAAUUCGAUAAGAUACUGAGUGAAAUAUCUCAGAGGGAAGAAAAUAUGAUCGAGUCUGUUCACCAAGCAGCCGAAAAAUUAAGAUCAGAUGUACUGAAACGAAAAACAGAGAGAAUAGCUGAAAAUAUUGAACAUGCAAGCAAAAUUUCUAAUGCAGAACACCAGUUGCAGAAUGCUAUUAAGAAAUAUGAAGAACUAUUGCUUUCAAAAAAUGCAAAGGAUUUGAUUAAUUAUAGCAGAGCAAAGGACAAGUUUACAGAGGAUGCCUUGUUCCAAGGGAAUAGAAUACCGAGAUUUGUAGUCGGAGGACUUUUAGAUGAACAUAUAACCAGAAUACUAGGUUCCUUGUCAUUUGAAGAUAACACAGAGUGCAAAGCUCCGGAUUCAGGAACCGAAAAUAGGCUAGCAUUGACUACAUUUCAAAGUCCACAUGAUAAAAUAUACAGAUUACAAUGUAUUGGCAAAGAUGAGAUAUGGAUUGGUGGAAAAUGUCGCCAUGUCUAUAAAAUGGACAAAACUGGAAUAAUUUUAAAGCUUUUAGAUAAUCAGUAUAACUGGAGUGAACCAAAUGGAUGUUUUGCCUUAACAAUCAGUGCAAGUGGACAUAUAUUCUACUCCCAUGAUUCCACUGUGUAUUUGUUUGAUAAUACAGCAGUGAAAAUGCACUUAUUUGUAAAUAAUUGGGUAAUUCAAGGACUAUGCUUAGAUAGAAAUGGAGAUCUUCUAGCUAGCAUGCGCUCUAAAGGAAUGCAGCAAAGUAAAGUUGUGAAGUUUUCGGGAGAUUCAGAAGUGCAGAAAAUUCAAAGUGAUAAACAAGGGAAACCAUUCUUCUCCACGCAAAGGACAUUAUUUUCAUUCUCCAAGUACAACGACGAUGCUCUCUUCCUUACUACGAAUACUGACGGAGAUAUCUUUGUGGCGGACUGUCGCGGGGAGGCAGUUGUGGUGUUCAAUGAACUCGGGGAAUUGCGCUUUCGAUAUACUGGAAACCUCUCAGAACAAACAGAACUUAAACGUUUCAAACCAUACGAUAUUUGUAUCGAUGUCAAUCAAAACAUAUUAGUCUCUGAUACAGAAAACGACUUAUUCCAUAUAAUAGACCGAGAUGGCAACUUUAUCCGCCAUAUAGAACAAUUGAGUGUUGGACCUUUUUGUAUAGACUCGCAAGAAAAUCUUGUCGUAGGAGAUAUGGAGACUGGACUUGUUACGAUAUAUCAAUAUCGUGAAUUAUUUAGUAAAAAAUAA